UCUCAGGGUGGUCACAUGAGCACUGCUGGAGUGUCCCAUGACCAUGCAGAAUUCCUGAAUUUUCUCACUGUCCCCUCAGACCCUCCAAAGACACACGUGACCCACCACCCCAUCUCUGACCACGAGGUCACCCUGAGGUGCUGGGCCCUGGGCUUCUACCCUGCGGACAUCACCCUGACCUGGCAGCGUGAAGAGGAGGACCUGACUGAGGACAUGGAGCUAGUGGACACCAGGCCUGCAGGGGACGGGACCUUUCAGAAGUGGGCAGCUGUGGCCGUGCCCCCUGGAGAGGAGCAGAGAUACACAUGCCAUGUGCAGCACCAGGGGCUGCCUGAGCCCCUGACCCUGAGAUGGGACCCCCCUCCUCAGACCACCAUCACCAUCGUGGUCAUCGCUGCUGCCCUGGGUCUCCUUGUAGCUGUGGUCACUGGAGCUGUGCUGUGGAAGAGGAAGUGCUUAGGCAGAUGCAGGAAGAGCUAUGCUCAGGCUGCCUGCAACGACAGUGCCCAGGGCUUUGAUGUGUUUCUCUCAGCUCCUAAAGCGUAAGAGAUACUUUCUAUGGGACCUGUUGCUAAAAACAGUCACUGCAGCCUCCCCUUAGGACUUUAGGGAUCCCUGCCUGCUGUUUCUGCAACUGGCAUCGGAACCUGUCUGCAUCCUUAUCAGCAUCACAUGAGGAGCUGGUCACCGGGCCAAUCUCCCCAUAGGGAUCUGAGUCCUCUCCCCUGGGGACAGUCCUGUCCUAGCCGAGUUGGGGUGAAGCCAUCCCCAUCCUGGUCAUUUCUCAUCUGGAUCAUCUUGGUUGCUGCUUUGCCUUAGCUGCUUCAGGAGAACCUUGUCCCACCAGAACCUGGGAUCCCAGGGUCUCGAGCAUCACCCAGGCCUUGUGGUGGCUCCAGGACUGUGCUCAGUGAGGGCUUCCUGUGGGUGUGUCAGCCUGGGUUCAGGCCUGAGUCUGGUCCACAACCCCUAUGUUUUGGGUAUUUUUAUAGCUUCUUUUUUUCUGUAAACAUUAUACCUAUUUUUGUUUUCUUAAUUAAAUUAUUAGAGCUCUUUUAUUAAA